GAAGCACUGGGAGUCAUGACCGACUUGUGGUUGAUAUCUGUCCCUCUGGACAAGACCAGUUUAACCAGUGUAGAAAAACUCAAGCACAUCAUUGCCAAAACCAACUUGGCCUCCUGCUGCAAGUUCUCCAUUCCAGAUCUCAAGGUGGGAAUAUUGGACAGUCUGCUCAGCGUGUCAGAUGAUCUCUCCAAGCUCGACACACUGACUGAAAGUGUGAUUAAAAAAACACACCAGUGUAUGAGGGAGGUGAUGGAGCAGUCCAGUAACAAAGUGAUGGAAAACGCCUUAGCCAAUGGAGUGGACCUGAUGAGCUACGUGACCAAGUUUCAGUGGGACAAAGCCAAGUAUCCCACGUGUGUGCUGUUAACACCUGUCCUGCAUGUCUUUCAGGAAGUUUCCCAGAUGGAGACGGAGUUAAAAUCCCGAGCUGCGGCGUACAACAGUGUGAAAACAAGCUUGCAAAGCCUUGAGCACAAGCAAAAUGGGCCUUUGCAAACUCGCAGUCUGAAUGACAUAGUGAAGAAGGAAGACCUGGUGGUCUCAGAGUACCUCACCACUCUACUGGUAUUAGUGAGCAGAGGGAGCUACUUGCAGUGGGAGAGGACCUAUGAAUCCUUGUCAGAGUUUGUGGUUCCACGGUCCAGCAGGAAGCUGUACGAGGAUGGAGAGGGAGGCGUUUUCUCAGUUACACUUUUCAAAAGAGCCGUGUGUGAAUUUAAAGCCAAAGCCCAGGAGAGCAAGUUCACCGUGCGCGAGUACAGCUUUGAUCUGGAGGAGAAGAGGCAGCAGGAGAUGAAGCAGCUUAGUGUUCACAAGAAGGAGCAAUAUGGAACCUUUGUGCGCUGGCUGAAGGUGAAUUUCAAUGAGGUGUUUGUUGCCGGGAUUCACUUGAAAGCAUUAAGGGUGUUUGUGGAAUCAGUUCUCAGGUAUGGGUUACCGGUGAACUAUCAGGCUCUUCUGCUGCAGACGGACAGGAAGCGUUCAAAGAAACUGAGAGAAGAACUCUCCUCACUGUUCAUGCAUCUGGACCCCACUGCCACUGCCAGCAAGACAGAUGUAAGCAGUGACAUCCCAGGGCUCUGUCAGCAAGAGUACUUCUCCUACAUCUGCUUCCAUAUCAACACCAAUGUGCUGGAGGUCAGCUAG